AUGCUUCCGCGAAUUCGAAUGCUGGCCCGCUGGCGGGCAGGAGCACCCUCCUCCCGUUCCUUAGCUUUCCCGACGGCCCGCUUCCAGUCAUCCCAAUCGACGGCCCAAGGAUCCCGGAUCGACCGAAUAACUUCGAAGCUCCCACGCCGAUUGCAAAAGUACACAAACGGCCUUCGGAAUGCGCCCGUAUCCCACGUCAUCUCCUUCCUGAUUCUGCACGAACUGACGGCCGUCGUACCUCUUUUCGUGCUGUUUGGAUUCUUCCAUUACACCAACUACGUUCCCCUGGGUUACAUGACCGAACAUUUCGGGAAUUACGUCGACAGCAGCGUUGCCAAGUUCGAACGGUACUUUUCGCGAAAGGGCUGGGCUGGGUUCGAGAAACAGACAGAGGGGGCCAAUUCCAUCUCUAGAGCGGGAUCCGAAGACCCCGAGGCCAGGACGAAGGAAGCUGUGCAGCGCUGGCAAAGCGGAGACCAAAAGUACAAGAUCUUGGUGGAAGUUGCCCUGGCCUACGCUUUAACCAAGGUGCUCCUGCCCGUGAGGAUCAUUGGGAGCGUUUGGGCUACGCCUUGGUUUGCCAACGUAAUGGUGAGGCUUCGGUCUAAGGUGAUGGGCAAGUAG